AAAGUAUAUUUACAGCUUCUCCACUUUCAAACAAGUACUACUAGACUCUCUCUCUCUCUCUCUCUGCUUCGCAACUUCUUCAAUGUCGUUGAACACGAUCUCAACAAACUUUCUCCAACUCCAAUGUCCCUCUCCAACUUUGAUUCCAAAAUCCCACAGCAGAAGACGUACAUUUUUGGCGCGAAAUGCCAACGGCAGUGAGCCGAAGCCCUCCUCCAACGGUUACCCUUCUCCUGCUACUACUAAAAGGACACCCACGCCAUUCCCAGGCAAGCCGGAGGCAGAUGUUGUUGUAAUUGGGAGUGGUAUUGGGGGACUUUGUUGUGCAGGACUUCUAUCAAGAUACCAACAAGAUGUUUUAGUGUUAGAAAGCCACGAUACCCCUGGGGGUGCAGCUCACUCAUUUCAAAAGAAGGGUUACAAGUUCGACUCUGGUCCAUCUUUGUUCUCUGGAUUCCAAUCAAGAGGUCCUCAGGCUAAUCCCCUUGCACAAGUUCUUGAUGCAUUGGGUGAGUCAAUUCCUUGUGCCAGUUAUGACUCUUGGAUGGUUUACAUACCUGAAGGUGAAUUCUUAUCACGCAUUGGGCCAACAGAAUUUUUUAAGGACCUUGAGAAGUACGCAAGUCUUAAUGCUGUUCGAGAAUGGAGAAAACUUCUUGAUGCAAUACUUCCAAUGUCGACAGCGGCAAUGGCUCUGCCUCCUCUAUCGAUUCGAGGUGAUUGGGGUGUUCUUUCCACUGCUGCCACUAGAUAUGGCCCCUCUCUCCUGAAAUCAUUUGCCCAAAUGGGACCCCAAGGCGCUCUUAGUGCCACGAAGCUUCUCAGACCCUUCUCCGAAAUCAUCGAUUCAUUGGAACUAAAAGAUCCUUUUAUUCGGAAUUGGAUAGAUCUUCUGUCUUUCUUACUUGCAGGAGUGAAAUCUGAUGGUGUGCUCUCAGCAGAGAUGGUAUACAUGUUUGCAGAAUGGUACAAGCCAGGUUGCAGUCUUGAGUAUCCUCUUCAUGGAAGUGGGGCAGUCGUUGAUGCCCUUGUCCGUGGAAUACAGAAAUUUGGUGGACGGAUCUCUCUUAGGAGUCAUGUGGAAAAUAUUGUGGUUCAAAAUGGCCGAGCUGUGGGAGUGAAGCUAAGAAGUGGUCAGUUUGUACGUGCUAAGAAGGCUGUUGUUAGUAAUGCAUCCAUGUGGGACACGUUGAAUCUAUUGCCCCAAGAAGUCCUUCCAAAGUCAUACGAGGACAGGAUCAAAAUGACCCCUCAGUGUGAAUCAUUUAUGCAUCUUCAUGUGGGUUUUGAUGCAGAGGGUAUCCGUGAGGACUUGGGGAUUCAUCAUAUAGUAGUGAAUGAUUGGAAGAGAGGGGUUGACGCUGAACAAAAUGUUGUUUUGAUAUCAGUACCUAGUGUCCUCAGUCCAGAUCUUGCUCCCCCUGGCAAACAUGUGUUACAUGCCUACGCACCGGGAACUGAAUCCUUUGAACGUUGGGAAGGACUUGAUCGUAAAAGUGCUGAAUACAAAGAACUUAAAGCUGAAAGAUCUGAGUUUCUAUGGAAGGCUGUGGAGCGUGCAAUCGGCCCAGGCUUUGAUCGUGAGAAGUGCGAAGUGAAAUUGGUUGGAACUCCAUUGACACAUCGAAGGUACCUUAGGAGGAAUAGGGGAACUUAUGGACCAGCUAUAAAAGCUGGACAAGGAACUUUUCCAGGACAUUCAACUCCAAUCCCACAGCUUUACUGCUGUGGUGAUUCUACAUUUCCAGGCAUAGGGGUCCCAGCAGUUGCUGCCAGUGGUGCCAUUGUUGCUAACACUCUGGUUUCUGUGUCUCAACACUCGCAGCUUCUGGAUGCCGUUGGGAUAUGAUAGACGGAUAUUCUGGGAGUUAUGGUUGCUGGUAAUUUGUUAUUUGCCAAUGGUUGCUGUUCUUACUGAACCAUGUUGCAUUUUACAAGGAAGAAUUGGGAAUCUGAUUCGCCUGAGGUUCUCUUGUGAGUGCAUAGGCCCAAUCCGAUAGGGAGUAUCCACGGAGUUCACACCACAUCGCCUAGACCCAAUAUUCAUUGAAUUAUUCAUAUCCAUUUAAAAGUCUAAGCCUUGUAAGUGAUGAAUACUCUGAUAGUAUAUUAAGGUUCAACUCUUUUUUCUAUUUAUCUGAAGUGAGGUUCAAUCCUUCACACAUGUUCACAACAAGAAGAUCAAAAUAGUUAUUAGAGUCGCUUCAUAAGACUGAUUUUGAUUUUUUCUUC